AUGUCCUCCCCGCCACCCUUCCUCCCCUCCUCCGCCCCCUCCUCCGCCGCCGGCCGCCGCAAAUCCGCCUUCACCUACAAACACCUCGCGCAACUCGCCUCCUACUCGCCCACCACCCCGCUCCGCGUCAUCGCCCACGUCGACCUCGACGCCUUCUACGCCCAAUGCGAGCAAGUCCGCCUGCACCUCCCCGCCUCCACACCCCUCGCCGUGCAGCAAUGGCAAGGGCUGAUCGCGAUCAACUACCCCGCGCGCGCCUUCGGCCUGGGGCGGCACAUCACGGCCACCGAGGCGCAGAAACUCUGCCCGGCGCUGGUCAUGCAGCACGUCGCGACGUGGCGGGAGGGCGACGCGACGUGGGCGUACCACGCGGACGCGGCGGCGCACAUCGCGACGCACAAGGUCAGCCUGGACCCGUACCGGCGCGAGAGCCGCAAGAUACUGGGGGUGAUUAAGAGCGUGUUGCCUGCGGGAGCCGGGCAGCGGGUGGAGAAGGCGAGCGUGGAUGAGGUGUUUAUGGAUCUGAGCGCGCAGGUGCACGGGAUCUUGCUGGAGCGGUACCCGGAGCUGAGGGGGCCGCCGCCGUAUGACGACCCUGCGGAACUGUUGCCGCGGCCGCCGACGACGGCGCUGGAGUGGCGGGGGGAUGCGUUGGUGGAUUUGGAGCGGGGCGAGGCGGAGGAGGAAGAUCCGGAUUGGGACGAUGUGGCCAUUUGCGUUGGGAGUGAGAUUGUGAGGGAUGUGCGUGCGCGGGUGUGGGAGGAGCUGCGGUAUACGUGCUCUGGGGGUGUCGCGCGGAAUAAGAUGCUGGCGAAGUUGGGGAGUGGGCAUAAGAAGCCGAAUGCGCAGACGGUGGUUCGGAAUCGCGCGGUGGGGCAUUUUUUGAGUGAGUUUAAGUUCACGAAGAUUAGGAAUCUGGGCGGGAAGUUGGGGGAUGAGGUGGUGGCGAUGUUUAAUACGGAUGCGGUGGGGGAUUUGCUGAAGCAGCCGCUCGAGCAGUUAAUGCGGUUGGGAGAUGAUACGGGAUCGUGGCUCUACGGUAUCAUUCGCGGCGAGGACAACAGCGAGGUCAAUCCGAGGACGCAGAUUAAGAGUAUGCUGUCUGCGAAGUCGUUCCGCCCCGCUAUCAACGACUUCGAGCAGGGCGUCCGCUGGCUGCGCAUCUUCGCUGCGGAUAUUUUCUCCCGCUGCGUGGAAGAAGGCGUGCUAGAGAAUAAACGCAAACCGAAGACCAUCAACCUACACCACCGCCAAGGGCGGCAGACGCGCUCAAAACAGGCCCCUAUACCCCAGGGCAAAACCUUGACCGAGCAGAUCCUAUUCGAUCUCGCCAAGAGCCUCUUCGCACAGAUCAUCGUCGACGGGCGCGCAUGGCCGUGCAUAAACCUCUCCCUAAGCGUAGGAGGCUGGGAAGACAGCGUCGCCAAUAAUAAAGGCAUAAGCGGCUUCCUCGUCCGCGGCGAAGAAGCCAAAGCGCUACGAGAGAGCGAGAGACAGUCCGACGCGGCGGUCGAACGGAGAGACGAGCGGCCGCCGGAGAAAAGGAGGAAGCUAGAGAACGGCCGCAGUAUACAAAAGUUCUUCACGCCUCGCCUCCCCAAUCACACGAGCACGAGCGGCGAUGCAGACGCUCCGCCCAACCCCAACCGCUCGCCUGAGCGCCAGGACAGUAGAGAGCAAGAAAUGUUCGACGACGACUUGGACCUCGAUCACCAACUAGACUCGGACGACGACGACGUCCAAUACCCUCCCCUCUCUCCCUCCCGCCCAUCAACACCAAAAACGCACCUCAACGACGACACCCCUCCGGACCUCACCCCUCCAUCCGCACAACCCCAGUCCCACUCCCCCCGUACCCUCCCCCAUCACGUCCAGCAAACUCUGGACACCUUCUUCUGCUCCCGCUGCUCUACCACUUUUCUCGCAGCGGAAAAGACCGAGCACGCCGACUGGCACUUCGCGAAAGACCUCGCGAAAGAUCUGCAAGCGCAGGAGCGGGCCGACGCGGAGCGGAGACGCACUCGCGCGCCCUCGAAACCUGUGCCUCCGAAGCCGCAAAGCAGAGGCCGCGGUCGGCCGGCUGGCGGUGGUGGGAGUGGGAGUGGG